AUGCCCCCGCCACCGAAAAAUAUAACGAUCCUCGGCGCUGGCCUUUCGGGGCUUUCGACAGCUUACCACCUCUCCACGCACCUACCUGCAUCCUCUGGCACAAAAAUCACAGUCUUGGAAGCGGCGAAUCACAUUGGAGGCUGGGUCGACUCGCGCAAGUAUGAAGUGGGGUUUAAAGGCCAGGACGGGGUCAUGAGAGAAGGGGCCGUGGGCAUCGAGACGGGGCCUCGGAGUAUCCGGCCGAGAGGUGGAAGAGGGGCUGCGACGAUGCUACGGAUGCUGAGAGACAUUGGGCUGGAGGAAUCGAUAAUACCAAUACCAUUCUCCCAUCCUGCAGCCAAAAAUCGCUUCUUGCUGGACACGUCGACAUCCACUCUCACGCCCCUACCCUCUUCCCUACCUUCUGUUCUUCGCCCUCAGCCACCAUUACUUGAAGGCCUUCUUCCUUCGGCUCUUUCAGAACCUCUCAGGUCGAGAGGAAAAGAGAAGGAAUUGACGGCAGAUGGCGAUGAGUCUGUGGACUCCUUCUUUCGGCGCCGAUUUGGAGACUCGAUAGCCGACAACCUGGCGAGUGCGAUGGUCCACGGUAUCUACGCCACCUCGUCCAAACAACUAUCCCUUCGAUCCGCCUUCCCCAUACUACACGACUCCGAAGCCAAGUAUGGUUCAGUUGUAGCUGGCAUGUUACUUGGCACCAAAUCAAAGGCAGCCAGAAAGGUCGAAGCAGACGAUUGGGCAGAGCUGGGCGAGUUAGGAAAGAGGAGGGAGGAAUGGAGCUUGUAUGGGAUCAAGGGCGGACUGGGGGUGAUAACGGAGAAACUCCUGAAAAGAGUCACCCAGAGAGGAGUCAGGGUCGUCAAUGGCGAGCCUGUCCGGCACAUCGAGCUCUCUCGCAACCCCGAAGAGCCUAUAUCGCUGUCGACCUCUGCUCGAUCCUUCAAAUCAUCCCACCUCAUCUCCGCCCUUCCUCCCCGUCUUCUUUCGCAUCUCCUUCCCUCAUCUGCAUCAUUACCCCACCUGGCGCAUAACCCUUCCACUUGCGUAGGGGUCAUCAACAUUGUCCUCCCUCUUCCUCCUUCGCAGGUUCACCCCGCAGGAUUUGGGUAUCUUGUCCCCCGAUCGCCUCUCGAGAAGAACCCCUCGGGUGUACUGGGAGUGAUCUUCGACUCCACAGCUGUGCCACCCUCCCCACCCGAGCUCGAGGGACAGAUAACAAAACUCACGGUCAUGCUCGGCGGACCAUACUGGUCAUCUUACACGCCCAAUUCUCCCACACACUCCGAGCCCGAGACUCUCAUCCCCCUCGCCCUGUCGCAUCUCCGCAAAACCUUCCCCCACCUGGCAAACGUCGAGCCUGUACUCGCUGUGGGCAACAUUCACCACAAUUGUAUCCCUACCUACCUGCCUGGACAUGGUCAGAGGCUCAGGGAACUGCACGAGAACAUUGGGAGCGGAGAGUGGAAGGGGAAGAUCAGUCUGGUGGGCAACGGGUAUGGAGGAGUGGGAGUGAACGACUGUGUGUACUCGGGGUGGGAGGUGGCGACAGCACUUGGCGGGGGCGAUAGGGUUACAGGGUUGGAGAGAUGGCAUGAUUGGGAAUGA